AUGUUGUGGGCUUGUGCAAGGGCAACAACACCUGAGGAGUUCACAAGAAAGAUGAAUGAGAUAAAAGAUGUGGAUGAGAAGGCAUACCAAUGGUUGUUAAAGAAAGCACCAACAGAGUGGAGCAAAUCACAUUUUAGAGAAAGUGUGAAAUGUGAUAUGCUUCUUCACAACCUCUGUGAAAGCUUUAGUGCAGCAAUUUUGCCUGCAAGGGACAAGGCUAUUGUGACACUGGAGGCUGUUAAGAAGUGGGUACACCCAGUCGGUAAAAGGAUCUUGAAUCUUAUUGAGAAACACAAGCAUGUUGCAAGACAUUGCAACACAACCAUUGCAAGCAGUGGAAAAUUCCAAGUGUUUGUCCAAGGAGUAGAAACACUGGUGGUUGACUUGGUUGCCAAAAAGUGCACUUGCAGGGGAUUUCAAUUGACUGGCAUCCCUUGUUCUCAUGCACUGGCUUGCAUUUGGGCAUUUGGUUUGGAUUUCUUGGACUACAUUGAGGAAUGGUACAAAAAGGAUGCUUACAUUGCUGCAUAUGCUAGGAUAAUUGAACCCAUGCCCAACCUUGACAAAUGGCCUCAAACUGGCCUAAACAUAAUACUUCCACCUCCAGAGCAUGCCUUACCAGGCAGACCCAAAAAAAAAAAAAAAAGAGAAAUAGAAGUGUUGAUGAACCACCACGUGAAGCCAUAA